AUGCGAUUCCUCUACCUACACGGACUGGGCACAAACAGCGAUGUCCUAAAGGCACAGACCGCCUCCCUUCGCUACCGUCUCGGCCAGGGCGCGGACGAAUUCGACUUUGUCGACGGGUCCAUCCUCUGGCCACCAGCACGGGGCAUCGCAGAGCUCUUCAACAGCGAAGCAGACUCGGUAGACUGCUACUCGUAUUUCCACGAGUCAGCAACCAGCAUCCUCACGGCUGUCAACGACCUGGCUGCGUACGUUAUCACCAACGGGCCAUUCGACGGGGUGGUUGGCUUCUCACAGGGCGCUGUCCUCGCCGCGACGCUAUUGAUCGCCGUCCAGCCGUCGUCACCGGAGACGACGAUGCAGUCAGCAGACGCAGACAUCGAGUCGGCGCUGCCGGAUGCGCUUCGGGCUCUGCAGACUGGAGGAGCGCCCCCCUUCCGAUUCGCAGUGUUUCUGUGCGGCGGGCGCCCGUUUGAUCUGCGCGCGCUGCAGAGGGGUGUCAUCGUCGAGAUUACGGAGCGUCUCUCUCCCGACACACCAUUGAUCAAUCUCCCUGUCGUAAACUGCUGGGCGGGAAACGACGAGGAUUAUCCUGGGAUGGGGCCGCCGCUGUCGUCGCUGUGUGGAAAUAAUAACGUAGAGGUCGUACACGGGGCUGGGCACGGUGUUCCGUCUGAGGGGGAGGACUUGGACGCCUUAUGUCGGGCGGUUGAGAAGAUCAUAGGAAUCUGCGGUGACACUAGAGCGCAGUAG